UUUGACCCUUCGCGCACACCAGACAAAACACAAGAUGGCGUCUGCUGAUCCCCAGCCGCGGUUCGGUCAGUCGGUUAAAGGUUUAUUAUCGGACAAAGUGGGCUCCUGUAGCGGGGACGUGAUCGCACUGACCCGCCAGGUUCUCAAAGGAUCCCGCAGUCAGGAGCUUCUCAGUCAAGCAGCGAGGAACAUGGUGAUUCAGGAGGAUGCUAUCCUGCACUCAGAGGAUAGUCUGAGGAAAAUGUCCAUUAUCACCACACAUUUACAGUACCAACAAGAAGCCAUCCAGAAGAACGUGGAACAUUCUAAAAACCUGCAGGACCAGCUGAGACACCUGCUCAAGUGACGGUGAUCGUGUUUCAUGCUGCUCUGGAUCAGACACCUUCAUCAAUCCUUACAUCUCCAAAGAAUCAUUAAUGAAAUGUCCUUCAACUGCACACCUUCUAUCCCUAUUUAUCAUAUUUUGGAUUAUGGACUAUUUUAUUUAUCGUAUUUUUUAUACACUUUUUCUUUACCCUUUCUUCUUGAUUAAUUUCUAUUGUGCAUUGUUUUGUAAACUGUUAUGGAUUAUAAUUUAAUCUUCACCCCUCAUCUGCCUUGUCCUUCUGUGAAGCAACUUCCUGUUUACAGGUUUUGAUCAAUCUGAUUUGUGAUGAUGGCAAAACUGUAAAAAAACAACAACAAAAAAGACAAAUCUGUCAAGUCCACUUUCAAGUCUAUUCACUGGCUCAGGACAGAGAAAUGAAUGAAGUGAAAGUGGCAACGUUGUUUUAAGGCAAUUUCAAUGGGCAAAAGGGAGUAUUUAAUGUUUCACAGGAGCAGUUAACGAGAUGCAUUCAAGGAAUUCCAUCACUUCUGGAAAUGCACAUGCAGUUUACUAAAUAAAUGCUGCUGCUGCUGCUGCUGCUGCUGCUGCUGCCGCCGCCUCGUGAUAAUGGAGGCACCACAAAGUCACUGGAGUAGAAAUAUUUGGUUUUAUAAAUGCAAUCAUUGAUAAAAAACAAGUCUUGUAAUAAAUUACAAAUAAUCUUAAGAAGUUGUGUUGAUGUUGCUUUAAACGUUGUUAACAUGUUGCUUUGGACGACGUACUAAACUGUGACAUUUUACUGUAAGACCUGAGUGGCAUGGUGGUGUAGUGGUUACUAGGUCUUCAAUAACUAUGUACAAAAAGGUCAUCGUUUGACAGUUUUGAGAAAACCCCCCACAACCCCUAUAUCAAAAUGUGCGUUUGGAGCAACCAUGGCGAAAAAAAUUGCAAAAAACUGGGAAUAAUUUCCACAUACACAUGAAUGGGAGAUGAUCACAGCCCAGCCCAGUUUGGAUCCUCACAGUUUAAGAAUCAGUCUCUUUUAAAGGGUGAUUCCACCAGAAUACCACUUUGUCCAAAUACUUCAAGUUUUAAAGGUUCAAUCCACCCAAAUGUUACUCGUUGACCAGCACAAGUCAUCGGCAGCAAGAACAGCAGGCCGCGGAAUUUUCUAGUCUGUUAUUCUUGCUCCAAUAAAUGAAAAUAAACAAG